CCCUCAAAAGUAAUACAUUUGCGCAACAUUCCCAAUGAAUCGAGUGAUGCCGAUGUCAUUGCCUUGGGUGUACCAUUCGGUCGCGUUACAAAUGUCCUGGUGCUAAAGGGUAAAAAUCAAGCUUUCUUAGAAAUGGCCGAUGAAGUAUCGGCCACCUCAAUGGUAUCGUGCUAUAAUGUUAAUCCACCACAAAUGCGCGGACGCAUGGUCUAUGUACAAUUUUCAAAUCAUCGUGAAUUGAAGACAGAUCAAAAUCCAACGGGUGCUUUGGUACCAUGUGAAUAUCGCAUACAGUCACCGGCCUCCGGUUCUCCAUUGCCCUUGUGCGCUGCUGCCAAUGCAAAUAGUGGCACCAAUGCCGCCGACAGCACUGCCGUUGCAGUCCUGCAGAACAAUACAAAUGCUGUGAAUUCGUUAACGGGCGGCAAUGCCAAUUCUGCUGGCGGCCCCAAUACGGUGUUGCGUGUCAUUGUCGAAUCUCAAUUGUACCCCGUUUCGUUGGAUAUUUUACAUCAGAUAUUCCAACGUUUUGGCAAGGUUUUGAAAAUUGUCACCUUUACGAAGAACAAUACAUUCCAGGCCCUCAUACAAUAUCCGGAUGCACAUUCGGCCCAGCAUGCCAAAACCAUCUUGGAUGGGCAAAAUAUCUACAAUGGCUGUUGUACGCUGCGCAUUGACAACAGUAAAAUGACAACGCUCAAUGUGAAAUAUAACAAUGAUAAGUCACGCGAUUUUACAAAUCCCUCAUUGCCACCUGGCGAACCGGGCGCCGAUAUUAUGCCCACCGCUGGCGGUUUAGUGAAUGCAAAUGAUUUGCUAUUGAUAGCGGCCCGUCAACGGCCCUCUCUAACAGGUGAUAAAAUAGUAAAUGGUCUCGGUGCACCCGGUGUGUUGCCACCAUUUGCUUUGGGCAUCGGUACACCAUUGGCCGGUGGCUAUAGCAGCGGUAUACCAAAUCUAGGCGCAUUUGCUCUUGCCAAUAGUGGCGCCCUACAAACAGCUGCUCCUGCAUUGCGCGGUUUCUCCAAUGUCUUACUUGUUUCAAAUCUAAAUGAGGAGAUGGUCACGCCUGAUGCUCUAUUUACCCUCUUUGGUGUUUAUGGCGAUGUGCAACGUGUAAAGAUACUAUAUAAUAAAAAGGAUUCAGCUCUCAUACAAAUGGCCGAACCACAACAAGCUUAUUUGGCUAUGAAUCACCUUGACAAAUUACGCUUGUGGGGUAAGGCAAUACGUGUUAUGGCCAGCAAACAUCAAGCCGUACAACUGCCGAAGGAGGGACAACCCGAUGCUGGCCUAACACGUGACUAUUCUCAGAAUCCAUUGCAUCGAUUCAAGAAACCAGGCAGCAAAAAUUAUCAAAACAUCUAUCCGCCAUCGGCAACAUUGCAUUUAAGUAACAUUCCAUCAUCCUGCACUGAGGAAGAUAUAAAAGAAGCCUUCACCUCCAACAAAUUUGAAGUUAAGGCAUUUAAAUUUUUCCCUAAGGAUCGCAAAAUGGCCUUGUUACAGCUCUCCACUGUCGAAGAAGCCGUCUUGGCUUUAAUCAAAAUGCACAAUCAUCAGUUAUCUGAAUCGAAUCAUUUACGUGUCAGUUUCUCUAAAUCAAAUAUCUGAA